CUCGAAGAAAUGCUGAGCUUACACGAUUGGGGAAAAAAUGAAAUACGAGUGGAUAAUAUUUUUGCUAUCUCAACUCGUUCUAUUGCUUUCGAUGCAACCGAGGGAAGCAAGUGGGGACUGUUGUCUUGGCGAUUUUUGGGGCUAUUGUAAGGACGGCUCAUGGCAUACACCAUGCUGUGGAAUAUGGCAAUGCAAUUGGUUAUGUUGCAACUGCAAAUGUAGAAAAAAAAAACGUAGUUUGGAGCAAUUUGGCACGCCAAGCCAUGAAGAACAUCAACAAAGGAGUUUUCUUCGCCGUGAUCAACACCAUGGUCGUGGUCAUCACCAUAAUCAUGAUCAUCACCGCGAUCCUUUUCAUCACAAUAAUCGUGAUUAUCACCGUGAUCAUGAUGAUCAGCAUGAUCCUUUUCAUCAGCUUUAUCGCGAUCAUGACCGUAAACGCCAUGAUCACCAAAAUCAUCAUAUUCAUCAGCAUUAUCAUCACCACGAUCAUCACCACGAUCAUCACCAUGAUCAUGGACACAAUCAUCACCACACACACAAAAGAAGAAAACAUUCCGAUGCCUGAAUGUAAAUUCUACAACUUGUUGACGACUAUCGAAUCGAUGGAUAUAGUAUAUUGACUGAUCUCAUGAUAUGGGGUGUAUUUUAUUUUACCUUCAUAUUAAAAGCAAACAUUAAACUUGA